UAUAAUAAUUCAUUUUGAACUAACUUGUGGUUGCUUUCCAAUUUCGAGAUAUUUAUUAUUGAUAAACGCGCGCACACACACACACCGAUCCGCCAUUGAAGAACACCCAUCAAUUCUUACCAGAUCCAUAGUUUAAUCUGAUUCAGGACAGAGAAAAAAGGUGCUCCUCUUUUCUCUGCCGCACAAAGUGGAAAGUACCCUUUGGCAGUUCUCUUCUUUCGUCACUUUCCAUCACCUCACCGCCUCUGCUUUUAAUAUCUCCUCACCUUCAAACCUCAACCUACUUUUUCAAUACUAUUUGCUUAGUUAGUAUUGAGCUAGCUACCUCUCCAUUUUUAUAUUCUAAUUCAAGAGUAUUUCGUUAGUGUUGUGUUACUUUUGCUAGUAUUUGGUUUGGUUAGUUAGUAUUGAGCUAGCUAGCUCUUCCACUUUACAUGAACAAACGUGAACAACGAGAGUAUUUUGUUAGUAUUGUGCUGGCUUUUCAUAUAGCUCUUUAAUUUUAUAACUUUAUAUAUGAACAAAGGUGAAGAAUUAGGUAUGGAAACUUUUCAAUUCGGUGAAGAAAUUCAGAGCCUGAUGGCGGUCGUACAACCGCCGGAGGCCGGUAAUUCGUUCACGGCGCUGCUAGAGCUUCCGGCGAACCAGGCGGUGAAGCUUCUGCACUCUCCUGACGAAACCGCGCCGACUAAUCUCCCGUCCUCGGUGUUUCCGUCAGCUGAAAACUCGUUGGAGACGACGACGAGCUCAGUUGUACCGAAUUCGAGCCCUAAUAACAUCAAUUUGGUGAAACAAGAGCCGAUUGAUUCCGAUUCGAUGCAUAAUUCAUCACCGAAUCCGUCAGAUCCGGUUGUAUCGAAAUCAACGAAGCGGAAGGAGCGAGAGACGAAUGUUAAAUCAUCGGCGAAGAAGAUCAAAAGUGUCGCGAAUGAUGACGGCGAGGAGCUUCCGUACGUUCAUGUUCGUGCUCGGAGAGGUCAAGCAACAGAUAGUCAUAGUUUAGCUGAACGAGCAAGAAGAGAGAAGAUCAAUGCUAGAAUGAAGCUCCUUCAAGAGCUGGUCCCUGGUUGUAACAAGAUUUCAGGUACAGCAAUGGUGCUCGAUGAGAUUAUUAAUCAUGUACAAUCCCUACAACGUCAAGUUGAGUUUUUAUCAAUGAGACUAGCUGCAGUGCACCCUAACAUCGAUAUUAACCUCGACAACAUAUUUUCUGCUGAGAGUGGGUCACUUAUGGACUGUAGUUUUCCGGGUAUGGUUUCACCUCAACCGUUGAGCCAUCAGUUAUGGCAACCCGAUGGGUUAACUCCCCAACCACUAUGGGGUGUUGAAGAGACGAACCCGAAUUUUAUCACUCCCGAAAACUCGUUUUUGAGUUACGAUUCUUCUGGCAAUUCAGUUUCAUUGUAUACAAACCAGCUGAAAAUGGAAUUAUGAAGACAUGGAGUUUUAGGUAGUCAGCAUUUUGUAUAUAUGGGAAGAUAGUAAUUGAUAGAAAAUAGUUGUUAAUGCUAUUAAAAUCAUUGAUAAUUAGGUUUUUAGAAACCAAGUUUGAGUGGUCAAAAUUAGUAUCAAUUAUUAUUCAUAUACUUAUUAUAUAUUUAUUAUAUAUGUGUGUGUGUAGAGAUAGAUAUAGUUGGACUCUAGCAAUCAUUUCUGAGGAGUGGCCAGAAUUUGUUCCCUACUUGAUAACAUUAUUAAUUUCUGGUCUUCUCUGAACAAGUUGUUAUUUUAUGAACACCUUUUCUGAAUGCAAAUUAUUCACCACAAUCACACCAUUUUAAGGCCAUUGGGGAUACAUUUUCCGCGGCCCUAGUGUGGGCGUCGUGUUCACAAAACCA